AUUCGUUCAUUAUUCGCCGACAGCUUCGCGAGGUAGUUUUUGCCCGCGCCGCGUUGAAUACUCAGUUUUGUUUGUUGGGCCUCAUAAGGGUGGCUGGCUCGUAAUUGUCGUGUGUUUCAUAUGUAAUAUAGAAAGCUGAGCGUAACGAAAAGUAUUAUUACCUAGUGAUAAGUGUCAAAACAGAAAAGCAAGCUGUAUUUAAAACACAAAUAGUUAACAAAAAAAAGCAAUUCAAGAAACACCAACGCAAAAUGUUCUCACGGCCCAGCUUGUGCGGAAAUCUCGGUAAGCUGUGUCGCAGCGGUGCUGUCGCAGUGAUAAGUGCACCACCAACAACAACAGCAUUGCCAGUAUUGCCUGGUCAGGCGCGGUGCGAUGGCCGUGGCUAUCAUGAGGUUGUCGGCGAUAUUAUUUGCCCCUCGCAGGUGCGCGGCAUCGAUCACAUACGCGAUCCUCGUUUGAAUAAGGGCUUGGCCUUUACACUGGAGGAGCGUCAGGUGCUGGGUAUUCAUGGACUGCAGCCAGCACGUUUCAAGACCCAGGAGGAGCAGCUGCAGCUGUGCAAGAUAGCUGUGAAUCGUUAUACGGAGCCACUGAAUAAGUAUCUGUAUUUAAGCGAUCUGCACGAUCGCAAUGAACGUCUGUUCUUCCGCUUUUUGUCGGAGAACAUUGAGGAUCUGAUGCCGAUUGUCUAUACGCCUACAGUGGGCCUGGCCUGCCAGCGUUUUGGCCUGAUCUACAGACGUCCGCAUGGCCUGUUCGUUACAUUUAAUGAUCGUGGUCACAUCUUCGAUGUGAUGAAGAACUGGCCAGAGCCGAAUGUGCGUGCCAUUUGCGUAACUGACGGCGAACGAAUUCUGGGCCUGGGAGAUCUGGGCGCGUGCGGCAUGGGCAUUCCCGUUGGCAAACUGGCUCUGUAUACGGCACUGGCGGGCAUUAAGCCGCAUCAGUGCCUGCCCAUUGUUGUGGACGUGGGCACCAACAAUAUCGAUCUUUUGGAGGAUCCCUUGUACGUGGGUCUGCGACAGAAACGAGUCGUAGGACGAGAGUACGAUGAUUUUAUUGAUGAGUUCAUGGAGGCAGUGGUCAAGCGAUAUGGCCAGAAUACUCUGAUUCAGUUCGAGGACUUCGGCAAUCACAAUGCAUUUAGAUUCUUAGACAAGUAUCGCAACAAUUACUGCACCUUCAAUGAUGACAUACAGGGAACAGCUGCUGUAGCUGUGGCUGGAUUGUACGCGUCCAAGCGUAUCACGGGCAAGUCCUUGAAGGACUACACUUUCCUAUUCGCUGGCGCCGGCGAGGCUGCCAUUGGCAUUGCCGAUCUUGUCGUGAAGGGCAUGGUUGCCGAAGGUGUACCCAUCGAUGAGGCCUAUAGUAGAAUAUUCAUGGUGGACAUUGAUGGUCUGUUGACUAAAACGCGCAAGGUGGGCUCCUUGGACGGUCACAAAAUCAACUAUGCGAAGGACAUUGAACCCAUGGCAGAUCUCGAGCAGAUUGUGUCGACCAUUAAGCCAAGUGUGCUAAUUGGUGCUUCAGCUUGUGCCGGCCUCUUCACGCCCAAGAUUCUGAAGACAAUGGGGGAGAAUAACGAGAGACCCAUCAUAUUUGCGCUGUCGAAUCCGACCAGUAAGGCGGAAUGCACAGCUGAGGAGGCCUAUCACAAUACGGAUGCUCGCGUCAUCUUCUCAUCGGGCUCGCCUUUCCCACCGGUUACAGUGGGCAACAAGACUUAUUACCCCGGUCAAGGUAAUAAUGCUUACAUUUUCCCUGGCGUGGGUCUGGGCGUCAUCUGCACAGGCACUCAUCACAUACCUGAUGAUAUGUUCCUCAUUGCCGCCCAGGAGCUGGCUAACUUUGUGGAGCCCAGUGACAUUGAACGUGGCUCAUUGUACCCACCGCUGCAGAGCAUUCGUGAUGUGUCCAUGAAUAUUGCCAUUGGUGUGACCAAGUGUGCAUAUGACAAGGGAUUGGCAUCCACAUACCCAGAGCCGCAGGACAAACGCAAGUGGCUGGAGGAUCAGCUGUAUAACUUCAACUAUGAGUGCUCGAUGCCUGUUACUUGGACCUGGCCCCGCAUGCCAUACAUCAAGACUCGCGCAGAGAGUCCGCUAAUUGCCGCUAUUAAAUAAGACAAUCGUACUGUUCUAUUGGCUCAUCGUUUGAUGGCACUUCUGUAUUGCAUUCUAACCCACUACUACCAAUACUACUACUCCCAAGCGACAACCAACAGCACCAAACACUAAUCAAGCAAACUUUCUGCAAUGGCUCACAUCUGCAAAUUAUUAAUUCUAACUAAAUUCAAGAACUGCCGGCGCACGGCUCUAAAGCUCUACAGCUCUCCAUUGGUGACUAAAACAAAUCGAAAGAUACAAGCAAACCUACACAUUGUUAUUAAACUUAGUCAUGUUAAUUGUUAGUCAUAGAUUCGAGCUGUAGUAGUUAGCCAAGCGACCUGCGCGACAAAGACUUCAGUGUAUUCUCUAUUUAUUCAAAAUCGUACAUUUCUAUAAAUGAGUUAACAGAAUGUUUUUAUUUGUGUAAAUUAUUAUGCUAAUUUUUAUGUGAUCGAUAAUGAUAAUGCUCCCAGGAAUGCUAUUAUAAUUAAUUCACCAUCAUUUAUUUACUAACUGCUUUGUUAUUAACUUGACCAUCUUUCGCCUGAAAUUACGUUUAAUUGGCUUGCUGGUUUUUAACUUUCCUUUCUGCUUCCUUACGGUUCAACCUUAACCGCCUUUAACUCUCUUUUUAACUCUUCCUCUCUCUCUUACUUGCUUUUUAAUAUAUUUUUAAUUUUAAAAGCGGCACGAAGCGCGUUCUGAAAAUCUCUGCUUUAUUUCUCAACUUUAUAGCAUCUGAAAAAUUCAAGAAUUUAUUGAUAUUGAU